AGUGACCAGAGACAAGAAGGAGAAAUGAAAGCGCUGACAGCUUCUCUCCCAAGGUCCACAGGAUCCUAAGGCCAGAAACCCAAGGUGUGGGACAGAAGGUGGCUUGUGGUAACAAGGGCGUGCCAGGACCCAGAAGAAAGCACCCAGCUGCUCGGUGUCUGGACAACGCCUUCCUCUGAAGAAGCCCUGCUUGAACCGAGGUCGGAGAGAGCCCAGAAGGCCAUGAUGCUGCCUGUGACACUGCCUGUGGCCCAUGUGCUGGCCCUUGGUGCUUGGCUGGUGGCACAGAGCAAGGCUGCACCAAGUGCCCCUGCAAUCUUCAUCUUCCAGAAGCCACCAGGGGUGAUUGCACCAGGAGGCUCCACCACCAUCUGCUGCAGUUGCCAGCGGGAUAAUGGGAACGUCGUGCUGUACAGGAAUGGCCAGCAGAUCCGCACCCUGCAGCUGCAUGGCAGCCAGGCUGAGUUCUCCAUCACCAAUGCCACCCAAGAGGACGCAGCUGCCUACAGCUGCCAUUACCUGGACGGAGGCACUGUGCUGGCUCGCAGCGAAACCUUGGAUGUCAGGGUGGAAGAGUUCCAUCUCCCCAAACCUGUCCUCUCUGUCCAGCCUGGCCAUGAGGUGGCUGCAGGAGCUUAUGUAAUGUUCCGUUGCACCAUCGCACACGCCAAUGCCGGCUGUUUCCUGUACCUGGAGGGCCAGGUCACCGUCGCCUUAAUCCCAAAGGACCAAGAUUAUUUCAACCUCUCCCAUGUGCAUAAAGGCAAUGAGGGCCGCUACAGCUGAAAAACAGCAGGAACAGUUCACUGAAAGGGUCUGCUGUCAGCAGGAGCCUGGAUUUGGUGGUGAGAGAUUACACCUGGACCAACGUGGCACGCCUGGCACUGGGGGCUGGGGUCCUGGUGCUGCUGGCACUGAUCAUGGCCGAGGCCACAUGCAGCCGCCGCCGUGGGCUGGAGCCCCGCUAGGAUGGGGCCAGCCCAGCCCCUGCACGCAAGGCUUCCUGCCACUGCUGUCAGGGGGCAGCAGGGCUGAAUUAACCACUCUCCAGCUGCACAGGCAUCCGUUGCUCACAUUCGUUUAUUAUUUUAAAACACUUGACAAACACAUCACACCAUGAUCUAUAUAUAUAAAUUUACUUUUAUGCAGAUAUAAAUUUAUAUAUAUAGGACCUUUAAACCUCUGUAUACUCAGGACACAAAGUUCCAGAAUAGCUUCACUGGCUACAACAAAAGUAUUUUUGUUAUGGAAACACAAAAGAGGAGGUGCAAAUAUCAAAAAACGCGGAAAAAAGAAAUUAAAAACAAGUGCAAAAUGAACGAAAGUGCAAAAAAGCUUCUGUUGUCAUAAUCACGCUCCUUCCAAAAUACGCACCCUCCCCCGCCUUUCCGCCCCCCAAGGCCGAGGAGCCUCAGGCCCAGAGGGAAGGGCUGGAUAGGAGGAAGGGGCUCAGGCUGCAACCCUCG